CGAAUCAGUCAUCAUGGAUUUGUUUUGAUGUAAAAAUUUUCGGAAUGUAUGAAAUUGAUUGAUUAAGGAUCAAAAUUUUACUCCUUGUGUUAGCAGAUGGACGUUUAAACAAAUUCAUUUGUAAUUUUGCGUCAGAUGCUUUGUUGGAGAUUGAUAGAACACGAACUUGCCAAUUUUUGCGUCGACUGUCAUGUGAUGCACUAUCGAAGUGGCAUGCCUGCUAAAUAUUGUUUAUUUGGUGAUUGGAGUACGGAAAUGUCCCGUGCAGACGAUGUUUGUUUAUGAAUGCGGUUGAAAAAUUUAAAUGAGAUUUAAAUGACGAAUUUUCGUUAUUUAAGAUGGGAGCUAAGGACUCUAAACCGUGUUGCAUAACAUAUGAAGAUGCUGUAAAAAGAGUAUCUGACGGAGAGUUACGAAGAUUAAGAGAUGCUUUUAAGCAAUCUGCAAACUUGAACUGUGUCAUAACUAAACCGGGAUUCAUUAAGGAUGUUUUGGGAGAAUUUGUUCCAUUAAAACUUGCUGAGUACAUUUUUCAAGCAUGUGGUGGAACAAACAAAGGCAUAACUUUCAAGGAUUUACUUUGUGGUUUGGUGCUAUUAACAAGAGGUGAAGAAUCAGAAAAAAUAAAAUUUAUAUUUUGUUUAUGCUGCAAUGAAAGUGGCACUCAUGUUUCAAAGGAGGACUUCAUUCGUUUGGUUCAAGCUUGUGAUAAUGGCUAUGUUCCUGAAGCUGUUGCAGAUCUAUUUUCUGACAGUGAACGUGUGAGUUUUGAUGAAUUUCGGGAAUGGUUGCUUCAGAAACGGGAUGCCAUUUCGCUGACAAGAUGGUUGUUGCUGGAGGAAAGCACAGUCACACUAUCAAAUGAGUUGGAGACACCUACAUUUUAUCAGACCCUUGCUGGAGUCACACAUUUACAAGAGAGUGAUAUCAAUGAUUUAGAAAAAAGGUACUGGAUUCUGAAGACCCAGUCAAGGAGUGGUCGUUUGGAUUUAGAAACAUUAAGGCCCCUCAUUUGUCCUCCAAUACCAGUUGUUUUGUGUGAAGGUAUUUUCAAUGCAUUUGAUGAAAAUCAAGAUGGUCACAUCGACUUCAAGGAAAUGGCAUGUGGAAUAUCUGCCUGUUGUCGGGGUCCUGUUACUGAAAGACAGAAGUUUUGCUUUAAAAUAUUUGAUCAAGACCGGGAUGGAAUAUUAUCUGAAAUUGAAGUGAAACAUAUGGUCAGUGCUCUGCUCUUUGUGCAAAAUGAAAAUAAAAAUGAUGCACAAAAGGAAACAGUGACUUUACUUUCAAUGUCGGAAGUGACCGAAGUGGCAAAGGAAUUGAUGUCCAAUCAUGAUCCCACCCAGCCAGGAGCAUUGACCCUAGAUGAGUAUCUCUUUUGGACUAUUGGUAAUACUUUGCCUCUUGAGUUUUUGAAUGUAUUGUUUCAGGUAUGCCACGUUAUUUUUGGUCUUCGUCCAUAUAAUAAAGAGGAAGAAGGUGAUAUCAUUAGAUCUUGGAUUGACAGAGAAGAGCGAAGAGGGAUGCAAGUUGGUCAAUACUGGUAUCUCAUAUCAAUGGAUUGGUGGCUUUCUUGGAAUGAAUACAUUGACUACCAGGGAACAAUACCAAGUGGCUCAUGUACGCCCACUUUUCCAUCGGGCAGUCUCAAGCGUAACAGCAAGAUGCAGCGACGCGUCGAAGGCAGUGUCGCUCAGAGUGACGAUGGGAGCUCAAAUGUUGUUUUAUCGAGCGUGACAACUGUUGGAGAAGAUGUUGCCUCGACAUUAAGUGAAAGCAUUAACAGCAUUUUCAACUCAUUGAAUUGUGACGGAAAUCUCAAACCCAAUGCUGAACAAUAUGGGAAUGGCUUGUUUUCGUCUAAGAAAAAUACAACUUUGCAGCCUCCUGAGAUAGUCAGAACACCUAAUCAUUCACCAAAUGUUCAUCGGCGCACCUUUUCACAUGUGCCACAACGCCCAACAUCCAUUGACAACUCUUCAUUAAUUGUUCCUAAUACAUUGAAGGUUAUAUUCCUGACUGGUGAAGGAGGAAGGCUUAGGAAAAACCCACCUGUUGUUAGAGGUAGGGAUUUUGAACUUGUGCCAGAUGCUGUGUGGAGAGCUCUUUCACAGUGGUAUGUCGGAUCGCCACCUCUUCCUCGCCAGGUAGUGUUAUCCCGAAACAGUGCUCCAGAACUGGAGUUAUAUCUUGUCACAUUGAAAUUGUACAGACAUCAAGUAAAUACUAACAGACAGGUGGCCAAUAAUGCAUGGAGUGGUGGAUCAGUUGGAAGCAUUGCUUCAUACGGUGGAAAUCCUUCUAUGUACAUGAAUAACAUGCCUGUUGUUCCUAAAAGGUAUCUUGCAUAUUUAGCAUCAUUUAGUCAUUACGCUACACUGCAUCAAGUAUUUGAAUUCAUAUGUAUCCGGUUACGUCUUCGAGUAGAGGAAACACGGUUAUGGUUGUAUAAAGAUGAUAGUAACCUUACUCUUUUGGAAGAUGAAAGUAGUUCUUUAGAAGAGUUAGGUGUUGAAGACAAUGAACAAAUACUUAUUGAAGUUCGCAAUAAAGAUCAGACUUGGCCAGAAGAAAUGUCUAAUGUUAUGAAUGCGAAAUGGGAUCAAAAAAGUCAAGGGCCAACCGAGAAAGGUGCCACUGGUCUUAAUAAUUUAGGGAAUACUUGUUUCAUGAAUGCAGCUCUUCAAUGUGUCAGCAACACACGACCCCUUACUUUGUAUUUCAACUCUAAUCGUCAUCUUUAUGAGCUUAAUAGAACAAAUCAGCAUGGCAUGAAGGGCCAUAUUGCCAAACGUUAUGGAGAUUUAGUUCAAGACCUAUGGAGUGGAACAUCUAGAACUAUUGCACCUUUGAAAUUACGGUUGACAAUUGGAAAAUAUGCUCCACGCUUCAAUGGAUUUCAGCAACAUGAUUCUCAAGAAUUAUUAGCAUUUCUCCUUGAUGGACUACAUGAAGAUCUAAACAGGGUUCAUGAAAAGCCAUACUCAGGUUUAAAAGACAGCGAUGGCCGACCAGAUGAGGAAGUGGCUCAUGAAGCUUGGGAAAAUCAUGUGCGAAGAGAACAAUCUAUCAUUGUUGAUUUAUUUCAUGGUCAGUUACAAUCUACAGUUAAAUGCAAAGUUUGUGGUCAUACAAGUGUUCGUUAUGAUCCUUUCAAUUACCUUUCCUUACCUUUGCCGAUGGAAAGUUGCAUUCAUCUCGAAAUUGUUGUUAUUCGAUUAGAUGGCAGCAAACCCAUCAAGUAUGGUUUACAGUUAAACCAUGAUGACAAGUAUAUAAAUCUGAAAGAGCAACUUGGAAAACUUUGUGGAUUGACUCCUCAGCAGUUACUCAUAGCAGAAGUAUCUGAUGCAACAUUCAAGAGCAUCCCAGCGGAUGAACAGAGAAUAAAGAUUAUUCCGGGUAGUAGCUUCUUUGCAUAUGAAUUGUAUAACCUUCAAGAGACUGCAUCUGAAGAGGAAGCGAAGCAACAUCGAGAAGUACAUACUUUGACGCAAAUACAGCGAAUGAUACGUUCUGAUUCCUCUCCCCCAAAAGUUUUUAGUUCGCCUAAUCCUAAAAAAGCUCCUACGUUAGCUGUGAAUGGGGACGUUCCAAAACUAUCUGAUGGCCCUGAAUCUGGAGAUGGUCCUUCUAAGACUGUUUUCUCGCUCGGUGAUUCGGAUAGUGAUAGCACAAGUUCCCAAGGAAUGCUUAAUAGCCCUCCCACACCUCAGCCGGCUGGACCGUGGUUGUUUGGAAGUGGUCCAAAUCACACUUUGAGCAUGUCAUCUAGCAUAGUGAGCAAUUCUUCCACUGGGGAUAUGUCUUCAGACUUCUGCCAAAAAUAUUUUGUCAAGGCAUAUCACAGGAAAAUGAUUCGUCAAGACGCAUAUUUUCUGUCUAGCCAAAAGUGUCGUCCAACUUUAUUUGGGCUGCCAUUGAUUUUACCUUGCCAUGAAAUGACAACAAAUCAAGAUUUAUAUCAAGCUGUUUGGACACAAGUGGCUCGACUAGUCUCACCUUUACCACCAUCUGAAGCAGCUGUGUCAAAUCACGCCCUUGAUUGCGAUGACAGUUUAGGCUAUGAAUAUCCUUUUACUUUGAAAGCAGUCCAACAAAAUGGAUAUUUAUGUUCACUUUGCCCUUGGUAUCGCUUUUGUAGAGGUUGUAAAAUAGAAUGCUGUGAUGCUGAUUUUAAUUUUGGAUGUGGUGUCAUUGCAAUUGAUUGGGAUCCCACUGCAUUACAUCUACGUUAUCAAACGUCUCUUGAACGAGAUUUUGAUGACCAUGAAAGUGUAGAAGCAACAAGAAGGCUCCAAACUGAACCAAUCAACUUGCAUGACUGCCUAGAAGCUUUCACUAAAGAAGAGCAACUAGGAGAAGCCGAGAAAUAUUAUUGUUCUAAGUGUAAAGAACAUCAGCUUGCAUCAAAGAAAUUAAAUAUCUGGAGGCUGCCCCCGGUUUUGAUUGUGCAUCUGAAAAGGUUUCAACUUCUGCAUGGAAGAUGGGUAAAAUCGCACAAGAUUGUUAAAUUUCCUUUCGAAAACUUUGACCCAACUAGGUAUUUAGCUAAAGUUCCGAGUGAAAGCAUCAUUGAAGCCCAAAGGAUAAAGAGCUCCUGCAAAGAAUAUUCUAGGUUAAUAACUGAGAAAGUUUUAAAAAGUGACUGUGGUAGUGUGGACCAUAAUAAAAACUCUUGUUCUGUGGAAGAAUCUGAACAUUCUAAUCAAAAUGACCAAAGUGUUCCUAGUCAAAAUACAGCUAAAAGUGAUAUCUUAACACCAAAUGACUGCAAAUGUGAAUUGAUGCUAAAAUGUAAUGGAGUAGUCAAUUCUUCCAUAACACAUAGUGCAUUACUUACUAAGUUACAAGACUUUCAUCAGCACAGACUGAGUGGCUCUGAUCCGUUUGAAUUAAAAUAUAAACUAUAUGCACUGGCAUGUCAUUCUGGCAUUCUAGGAGGAGGACAUUACGUGUGCUAUGCAUGCAACCCCAAUGGUAAAUGGUAUUGCUACAAUGACAGCAGCUGUAAGGAAGUGCAACAAGAUCAAAUCGAUACAGAUUCAGCUUACAUGUUAUUUUACGAAAGGGAAGGAAUUGAUCAUUUGAAGUACAUGCCGGAUGUUGUUGGAAAAAUACCAGAUACAAGUGAUAUCGAUGCAGAAUUCGAGACUGAUUUUCGGAAAAUGUGUAGUCUUUCUUAAGUGAGCCCUUUUUAAUAUACAUUAUAUACGUGUGAUCUGCUUUUGUAAAUUUGUAAAGCAUUGAAGUUGAUAAAACACUGUUAACUUCCUGAUUGGAGGCAAGAAUCAUGUGUAAAAAAUUUACAAAAUAAUGCCUAGUCUUAACUGCGUCACUUAACGUGAUGUUCUUACAAAAUGUUUUAAUGUUUGUUUUUGUCUAUAACUGAAAAGCAUAUUUGUUUUCUAUUGUUAUUGCUGUAAUUGUUGAGUACCUUAAUUUGUAAUCAUUGUGCAAUAGUAGUUAUGGCCCACUGGAAUGUGGAUUCCAAGUUAGUCCUUCAAAUAUUUAAAACGACAUUUCCUAUGGCGGGAUCAUAUUUUGACUUUUAAUAUUACUCCAAUUUUUUUGUUGUUAUAAAUGUAUUUAUUCUUUAAAGUCAGGCAUAUGAAAUGUAGAAGAUUUCCUAAUGUAAAAAUUUCUCACCUGUGCUUUGUUCAUUUUUCCCCUCAAACAUUUAAAAAACUUUUAUGCAAAGUUAUUCAUAAGAAAAUUGGAAUAUGUGUAGGAAAAAGAGUUCCAAACAUGUUGAUUUUGUUUUUUGUAUAAGUGACCUUAUUAUUGUGCUAUUUCUCAGGAAUAAAGUAAUUUAUAUAAAUUUUGUCAGAAUUGUAUCUCUCUUCUAUGUAGAGUGUCAACACUGUGAUUAUAUUGGAGCUCACUGUUUUCUUUAGAUUUUGAAAAUUCUGCAACUUGAACAUUGGCUUUUCCAAAGGUAUUUGUUAUGCAUGGUUUCGUGUAAAAAUGUAUCUUUCAUCAGCGCUCUAUUCUUCAGUUUCCUUUUUGUAUUAAAAAUUUAAACAUUGUUUUAAAUAGUUCCCUGUUUAAAUUCAAAUGAGCAGAAAUGCUUCUCAUAAUAGGCGAACGAAGAAUAAAAUAACCAUAAAGGUAUUUCACCUGCUGAAAAUUUUAUAAGUGUAUGUAUUUAUGAGAUUGCUGUUUGCAUGUGUCAGGCUAAUCAUUGUUCUUGAAGAGAGAAAAUACCAGAUCGCUUUAUUUUUAUGGAGCAUGGUUCCAUACUGAGCACUUUCGCAUUGUUUCAGAUUGCCAAAAACUAAUUUGUGUUAUGAAUAUUUUUUGGCUGCCUGUAGUUUACUUAGUGCCAUAUUCAGUUAUGUUCAAAAAGAACUAAAAUUGUUAAUUUUUAUAUAUAUUUUAUUGUUUAUUUCGCAAAACAUUGAAAUCUUUCUUUAGUUGACUAGGGAUGCAUCGAUGAGCCAAUCGCCGAUUAAUCAGCAGGAAAUAAUGAGAAAGUGCUGAUUAAUUACAUUAAUGAUUUUUAAUGCUACAUUUUUUCCAUCAAUUUCGGUUUUUCAGAAUUAGAAAAUAGGUUUUUUGUUUCUGUGACUAAUGAAUUUAAAAGAAAGUUAAAGUUUUUUGUAAUUGUUUGUAUAAACACUAAAUACAGUAACUGAAUAACAAAAAAAAUAUUUUUUUUUUUAAAUUAAGAGUAUUUCCUCGCACGAUUUUUUUUGAGGGAAGGGGUGGAACUGACAGAUGCACCCAUCUUAUGACUUCCUUUUUUAAAAAUAUGCAUUAAUUCGAUAAGUAUUUUUUAAAAAAAUGAAAGGUUUAACCUUAUUAGCUCUGAAUCAUUUUAUUAAUUUAUAAUGACAUGUUAGCAUGUACCCAUUCAGCACAGUUUCUAGUCCUGGGCAACCUUAAAGUAAUUUUAAUUAAAAAAUUUUUUUUGCCCAAUUAAUCAGUGAAAGUUUGCCGAUUAUGUAUAAUUGGCAAAGUGGCUACUGCCGAUUAAACGGUGCAUCCCUAUAAACAACACACGUUGAGCAUUUCUCUUAAGUGUUAUAUGUUAUCACUGCAAUCAAUGUGUGUAUAUUGUAUAUAAGAUUUAUUUUUUGUUUAAAUUAGCUCUGUGUGCAAGUUUUAUAUAACACAUAACUUUUUUUGUACUAAUAUAUAUUUUUAAAUUGUACUUCUUAAAAUAUGCACAUUUUAUUAAGUUGAUUGCUGGCAUCAACCUUUAAAGUCUAAAAAUGUCUUAUAGCUUAUGAAAUUAUUGUAAAUUAUUUGCUUUAAGAGAAUGUUGAUCAUUCCUGGUUUGUACAUAAUUAUCAGGAAGCUGUGUUGCCAUAAUGUGAUGUGCAUGUAGUGUUUGGCAUAUACAAUUGGUUUUGCAAUAAAAUUUACUAGUAUGUUC